AAAAUCAAAUUUUCAAUAUAUAUAUAUAUAUAUAUAUAUAUAUUCUUUUGAAUGAAUUUUUGAUAUAAAUACAUUUUAAAUUAUUAUUUUGAUUUGAAUAUAUAUAUCAAGUAACAUAGACCUAUUACUUUUUAAUAUAAUGUAAUGGACUUCCAAUUUUGUUAGUAGCAUAAACCCAUUAUUUUUUUUCAUAACUUACUGCUAUCCAUAUUUUUAAAAAUUACUAUUUUUUAACUACUAUCUAUAUUGCCAAACAAUCUCAAUAUGUACUUCAAAUUUAAUAAUAUAGAUUUUAACACAAAAUGAAAAAAUCAUAUACAGUUAUACUAUGCUCUCACAUAUAUUAUACAACAUACACGUAAUUUAAAAAUAAGUUUUAGUACUUUAAUUUUGUUCUUUUAAGGUUUAGUUUUAAUUAAAAAAAAUUUACGUUGAAUAUCUUUCAUAUAUAGUUAAUCUAGAAUUUUUAUAAUUUAUGGAAUAUCAUAUGUUCAUUUAUCCAUGGUGUCUUACAAAAAAAGAUGGACACAUAAAUUAUGUUCAUAAAUAUAUAGAAAAGAAAUAAACGAUCAAAGCAACUGAUGUUCUAGAUUUGCAAACUCCAACUGUAACCAAUGAAUUAAAUAGAUGCAAUUAGGUGAUUAACCAAUGAAUUAAAAUUUACCUAUUAAUUAGGAACAAAAUCUGCGAGUUAACUGAGUGGAUCUGAUUUUGAUUAGGUGACAGGAAACAAAAUAUUGAUUAAACAUUUUUAAACAUUAAUAUAGGAAUGGCAUGGCUUGUAAUUAUCAAAAUAAAUUAAGGGUUAAUUUAAACUUGUACUUCAGUUUUAAUAGAUUAGAUGAACCGUGAAAACAUGUUAAAAAAAAAAGAACCGUGAAAACAUAUUAUUAUUUGACCCACAUCAUUAAUCUUAGUUGACUUAGGACUUUUAAGAAGUGGCUUAUAUAAUCAUAAGCUCAAAUGCAUAGCUUGAUAUAUUAAAAUAAAAGGAUCUCUCCUUUGGACAGUAAGGAGAAAAAUGGAGAGACGUUGUAUGUUCAUUUCCAGUUUUGUGCUGAUAGUUCAGCUUGUUCAAGCUCAAGAUCCCACCGGAUUCAUUAAUGUGGAUUGCGGUUUACCCCUUCGUGAGUCUCCUUACAACUCACUCCCAACCGGUUUAGCAUAUACAUCAGAUGCCGAUUUAGUUAAGAGUGGAAAAACUAGUAGAAUCGCCAAGGAGUUUGAACCGGACUACACUAAGCCGAUUUUGAAACUAAGAUAUUUUCCAGACGGAUUACGAAACUGCUACAAUCUAAAUGUCACCCGGGACACCAAGUAUCUGAUUAAGGCCACAUUCGUAUAUGGAAAUUAUGAUGGUCUUAAUGUCGAUCCAAACUUUGACCUUUACUUGGGUCCGAACUUAUGGACAACAAUGAGCAGUAAUGAUACUAUAGAGGAGAUCAUUCAUGUGACGCAAACCAACUCUUUACAGGUAUGUCUUGUUAAGACAGGAAUUAGUAUACCCUUUAUAAAUGUCUUGGAGCUACGACCACUGAAGAAAGAUAUGUACGUUACUCAAAGCGGCUCACUCAAAUACGAAUUCAGGAGGUAUCUUAGCAACUCGGAUCGUAAUAUACGGUACCCGGAUGAUGUUUAUGAUCGUAAAUGGUACCCGAUGUUCGUGGCGAACUCAUGGACACAAGUAACUACAAAUUUGAAUGUAAAUUCUAGUAAUCUUUAUGAACUGCCAAAAGGUGUAAUGUCAACGGGAGUAACGCCCCUAAACCCUAACGCGACAUUAAACAUUACAUGGACUAUAGAGCCAUCUACUACGAAGUUUUACUCCUACAUGCACUUUGCCGAGCUUCAGACCCUAAGGGCCAACGAUACAAGAGAAUUCAAUAUAACAAUGAAUGGGAAAAUUUCAUAUGGACCAUAUAGUCCUAAGCCGCUAAAGACCCAAACCAUAUUCGACAUAACACCAGAGCAAUGCGAUGGAGGGGCAUGCCUUUUGCAGCUUCUGAAGACGUCCAAAUCAACUCUUCCGCCUCUCCUGAAUGCCAUCGAGGCUUUCACCGUGAUUGAUUUCCCGCAAAUGGAGACAAAUGAAGAUGAAGUUGCUGGUAUCAAGAAUGUUCAAGAUAUUUAUGGAUUAAAUAAAAUCAGCUGGCAAGGAGAUCCAUGUGUACCCAAACAAUUUUUGUGGGAUGGUCUUAACUGCAAUAACUCAGAUAUUUCGACUCCACCAAUAAUCACUUCCUUAGACUUAUCUACAAGUGGAUUAACCGGGAUCAUCACACAAGCCAUUCAAAAUCUUACCCACCUUGAAAAAUUGGACUUGUCAAAUAACAAUUUGACUGGAGAAAUACCUAAAUUUCUAGCUGACAUAAAAUCACUCUUGGUCAUAGACUUAAGUGGUAAUAACUUAACUGGAUCGGUCCCUCCCUCACUUCUUCAGAAGAAAGGAAUGAAGUUAAAUGUUGAAGGAAACCCUCAUCUUCUUUGCACAGCUGGUUCAUGUGUGAACAAAAGAAAGGAUGGACAUAAGAAAAAGAGUAUCAUUGUACCAGUGGUUGCAUCAAUUGCUUCAGUAGCUGUUAUUAUAGGGGCAUUCGUCAUGUUCCUUGUUCUCAGAAAGAAAAAAGCAUCAAAAUUUGAAGGGCCACAACCCUCAUAUAUUCAAGCGUCAGAUGGUAGAUCAUCAGAACCGGCAAUUAUGACAGAAAAUAAAAGGUUUAGUUACUCAGAAGUUAUUGCAAUGACAAAUAACUUCCAAAGAAUCCUUGGGAAAGGAGGGUUCGGAAUUGUAUAUUAUGGUUUUGUGAAUGGUACAAAACAAGUAGCAGUUAAGAUACUUUCCCAUUCAUCAUCUCAAGGGUAUAAACAGUUCAAAGCUGAGGUCGAACUUCUUCUUAGAGUUCAUCACAAGAACUUGGUCAAUCUUGUUGGGUAUUGCGACGAAGGAGAGAACAUGGCUCUUAUCUAUGAAUACAUGUCCAAUGGAGAUUUAAAGGAACAUAUGUCAGGAACACGUAACCGUUUUAUUUUGAAUUGGGGAACUCGACUUAAAAUAGUUUCUGAAUCGGCACAAGGACUUGAGUACUUACAUAAUGGAUGCAAACCACCAAUGGUUCAUAGAGAUGUCAAAACCACAAAUAUAUUGUUGAGUGAACACUUUGAGGCCAAGCUUGCUGAUUUUGGUCUUUCAAGAUCAUUCCCAAUCGAAGGUGAAACUCAUGUGUCGACAGUUGUUGCUGGAACUCCUGGAUAUCUUGAUCCUGAAUACUACAGAACAAAUUGGCUGACAGAAAAGAGUGAUGUUUAUAGUUUUGGGAUAGUAUUGUUGGAGAUCAUCACAAACCAACCUGUGAUAGACCAAAGCCGUGAAAAGCCACAUAUAGCAGAAUGGGUGGGGUUAAUGCUUACAAAAGGAGACAUCAUAAGCAUUAUGGAUCCAACUCUAAAUGGAGAUUAUGAUUCUGGUUCUGUGUGGAAAGUUGUUGAACUAGCAAUGUCUUGUCUAAAUCCUUCUUCAGCGAGAAGACCUACGAUGUCGCAAGUUGUUAUCGGACUGAAUGAAUGUCUUGCAGCUGAAAAUUCAAGGGGAGGUGCCAGUAGGGACAUGGACUCGAAGAGUUCUAUAGAAGUGAGCUUGACUUUUGGUACUGAAGUGAGCCCAAGGGCUAGGUAGAUUAUAUGUUUUUUUACUACGGAACUAUCUCCAUAUCUCUGUGUCGGAUGUCACCUUUAUUUAACUUCUGUUAUGGAUACUUUGUGACUAAAAAGUUUACAGUCGCUUUUUUACCGUUAUGUGUCAAUUCAUAAUAAGUUUGUUGUUUGACAAAUAGAAUGUUACUCUUGUUCUUGAAGAA